GUUUAGAAUACUGUACUGUAGUUGUUUUCCAUGUCUUUGAUCACAUGAGGACGUUGCUGAAAGCUGCUUUUGCGUUUGGACGCUUCAACACGCGUUUUCACAAUUUGUUUCAAAUGCAAUGCGAUCGUCAACUUUCUACCAAUCAAGUUACGAAAUGCCCGUAUGAAAGAGAAAAAAUUAGGAAAGAAUUCGAUGAGAAUGGAUACACUAUAUUGCGCAAGGUUAUCACUGGAAAAGUUUUGGAAGAAGUGCAAAGACAUGUGGAUUGGUUGCUGGAGAGGUAUCCGGAUGUUCCUCCUGAACAUCUUCAUCAUCCCAUUCUCAGAAGAGAUCCAUUCUGGAUGAGACUAGUCUCAGACAGCAGACUCCUUGACAUUGCAAGCAUGUUUAUCGGUCCUCACAUUGCACUGUUUGCUUCACACUACUUUUGCAAGCUGCCGGGAACCGGAAAGAGAGUCUUGUGGCAUCAAGAUGGAAGUUAUUGGCCUCUGGAGCCAAUGCAUGUAGUUUCUCUCUGGUUGUCAGUUGACAAAGCAACUGUUCAGAACGGGUGUCUUCGAGUGGUCAGAGGUUCACACAAGUCGGCACUCAAGGAGCUGCAGUCCUGUACAAAAGACAACAAUGUCCUUGGUUCACACACACAUUCUGACGUUAAUGACGACGACGUGGUAAACAUCACACUAGAUCCCGGCGAUGUGGAGAUUCACCAUCCAAACAUUAUACACGGCUCUGAAGCAAACACUUCCAAAACACGAAGAUGUGGUCUCACCAUCAGGUACAUUCCAACGACAACAAGAUGCACAAAUCCUAGCCAUCCUGUAUACAUACUACAGGGAAAUGAUUCUAAAGUGAAUCAGUACCGCUCGUGGCCUCUGUUUAUGAGUGGCUACCAUAUGCCAUUUGAAGGAUGCGAAAAAUGGAAUUCGUCGAGAUACGUCAAUCGAGAUGAUGAAGAAUACCUCCAAUGCCUGACUGAGAAAACACUAGAAGAAGACGUUCGUCGAGAAGUAAAGGAAGUCAUCGAUGGAUUACAAAGUCAACGCAUGCGCACUCAACAGCAAUAGACAUUAGUAAUUAAUUUGCCACAUGUGGACACGUUUUCAUGCUUUUCUACCUUAAUUCUCUAUAUUUUUGCAUUUUGUGUAUUUUCUCAACACAAAAUUUAUUACCAGAUUAUCCGGGAAAUUAA